AUGGUACACGAAAGGGAACACGUUGCUGGAAUGUUUCAUGGAACUCAUGAGGUACAAAGCAACCGUCAUUUGUCAAACCACGCGAUCUCUCCAACCGGCAAACGUACAAAAGAGGCAGAGAAUGUAGUAACGAAGAAAUCACGCCAUGAAGCUCAAAGUACCAAAAAUCUUGAUAAAAAUGAAGAGCAAUAUCAACUGAGACGUCCAAAGGAUUCGAAAUCAAUUAAGGGAGACGGUUCGUUCACUGGCAAAACUGUGAGCCAGCAAGAGUACGUGAUUUUGAAGGGGGAGCGAUAUGAUACAAAGCUUCCAAAAGACUCAGAUAUCUUGAGAGGAGAUGGCUCUUUCACGGGGAAAACGGUUACUCAACACGAUUUCACCACGUUCAGGGGGGAGCGUUACGGUGCCAAGCGUCCUAAAGACUCGGAAAUUCUGAAUGGAGAAGGCACAUUCAUGGAUAGGACGACCAACAAGGGAGAUUACACCGUAAUACCAGCAGAACGAUAUGGCACCAAACCUCCAGAAGAGCUAGAUAUUUCGAGAGAGAACGGUUCCUUCACGGGCACGAUGACCAAGGAUAAAGCCGACCCCAACGACAUUUCGGAAAGGGAUGGCCGCUUGACGAAUAAUGGAGACCGAUAUGAAGCAAAAGGCGAUGGUUCAUUUACUGACAAAACAGUCAAUCGGCAGGAUUAUACAGUUAUAAAGGGAGAGCGCUAUGAAAUGAGACGUCCCAAAGAUUCUGAAAUCUUAAAGGGAGAUGGAACUUUCACAAUCAGGACGGUAAACCAACAGGAUUACGCAACAAUAAGGGGAGAACGGUACGAAGCAAAGCGUCCAAAGGAUUCGGAAAUUUUGGGCGGCGACGGCUCAUUCACGAAGAAGACCGUUAAUCAACAAGAUUACACUACCACCAAGGGCCAGCGAUAUGAGACAAAGAUUCCUAAGGACUCGGAUAUUCUGCGUGGAAAUGGAUCAUUUACAGACAAGUCGACUAAGCAACAAGAUUACAGAAUAAUGAAGGGGGAGCGGUAUGAAGCAAAACGUCGCAACGAUUCUGACGUUCUCAAGGGAGAUGGCUCCUUUACUAGCAAGACAAUCAGCCGUCAGGAUUACACAAUCAUCAAGGGAGAACGC